AACCUGAAACCAAACAAUGUGAAUUACAACAACUCACUAGGACACAAUACAACAGAAUAAAGUGAGAAGAUAAGAAGUGAGAAAAUUAGACCAGCAACUUUCCUACCCUCCAUUACUGAUCUCUCUACUAGCUAUUCCUACCACUAAUCCCUCUCAUUGAUUUCACUGACAUCAUGAGCCAAGGAAGUGAGUCCAUCAGAUACAAGGGGUGGUCCAAUCUUCAUCGAGCUGCAGCUAAAAACUAUUUCCCACGUGUAAAGAAACUGACCAUGACAGCCCCAGAGAGCAUAGAAGGGACCAAUGCUCAAGGUCUGACUCCAUUGCAGGUUGCAGCCCAGCAUGGAUCACUGGAAUCAUUCCUAGUGCUCAUCAAAGCUGGGGCUAAUGCAUCAGUACUGACUGAUGAAGGACUAUCAGUUGUACAACUAGCAGCAAGAGCAGGUCAGGUGCAAUUCACUGUGAGUUUAGCAAGUGAGCCUCCAUUCACUGAUACCAGCAUACUAGAGCAAGUAUGCCAAUAUAUAAGACAGCUAAAGAAGAUAUGCCACACAUAUGCAGAGGCUGUGCUAAUACUAGAAUCAAUGAUGAACUCAAUGCUACACAAGUCCCCCGAAAGCUAUCACGAUGCUCUCAAUGUGCUUGAAGACUUACAAAUAGUCUCACUCAUUGAGAGAAUCUUAAAGCUCUCGAUCCAAGAGAAGAUAGUCCCUGCAACAAUCUCCACUUCCAAAUGUCUAAUGAUGAUAACCCCUUACUUCACAAAAGAAAUAACUAAUUCUAAAAUACCAAAGCUCCUCAUAACGCUAACGGAGGUAGUAUUGAAUCCUACAGCUUGUUAUCAAGCACUGUCUGUCAUAGCAGAGCUAAUAGAGCAUGCACCCGAUAGCUGUGCAACAGUCUCUGCACUAGGAGGCCCACUGGCACUGCUAAAGAUACUGCAGACACACAAAAGCCACGAGCUACACAUUGUUGCCAUGAAGUGCAUCACUCAGGGAGGAGCCAACCCACAGCUAGCGCAACAGUUUGCAUCACCGGAAAUGGUAGCAAUGUUCAUGAAAGCGCUCAAAACGGAUCACAGUGGUAGCGGGGCUGCCACAGUCACUGCACUACAGAGUAUAAUAGAGUCUAGCUAUGAGGUGAGGUACAAGUACAUUGAGGAAGGACUAGUGGAGAGGCUACUGGAUCUACUCAAACCGUUCGAUAACACACUAACAGAGCCGUGCAUCAUGCUACUGUGGACACUCUGUGACUCUAGAUCCAGCCACAAGAAAGUAGAGGAGCUUAUAAAGCAGCACCAGUCAGCGAUAUCAAUACUAAUGUUCCUUAUUGAGCAUGGGAUGAACAUGCAAAUGCAGCAAAUGAGCCUAGACAUAUUGUGGUACACAGCAGGGGACAGCAUACACGAGAAAAGGGCACUGGCCAUAGUACUGGGUCCCUCUUGUCUGGUGAGACUUGCUGAGUUGAGCAGUCCCAAACUAGCACUCACAGCAUUGGAGCUACUAUCACCAGUUGCUUAUAGCAAGCAAGCAGAAGUCAUCAAGGCGGGGGCCAUAUUAUUGCUAGUCACUGUGCUCAAAAACAGAAACGAGGACAGCAUAAAGAUACUAGCACUAAAAACGCUGGAGAACCUCGGCUAUGGCAUGGGUCUGCAACCAAACUGUGAGGCACAGGCUGCACUCGUAUGCAUAGAAGGAAUACAACUACUGCUACACAUCUUUCAACAUCAUCGGAACGAGGAGGUCAGAGUUCAAGCACUAUGCACGCUCGCUACAUACUCCAACAAGAGCCCAAACACAAAGAGACUGAUAUUUCAAGUGAUACCACUACCAACACUAUUGAGCCCACUCCAAUCCCAACCACACACUACACCAAUCAACUACACACAGAGCAUAUGCUGCAUUGCUUUCAAUGACAUGGACACACAAUCCAAAAUGAUAGCCCACGGAGGCAUCCUUGUUGACAGCUUCCUCCAACUCAUCAGUACUGGGAACAAGCAGCAUGCAAUGGAAGCUGCCUUCCAGAUGAUCGUACUCGCACGGACUUUCAACAACUCAAAGCCAUCCGUAGUCACAGCCAUUGGAUUGAAACUCCUCAUCAAGUCACUGAGGAAAAGCAUAAAAACGGAAGAUGUUGAUUUGCAGGUGAAGACCGGACUCUUCAUCAGUGGACUAUUAAGAAUGAGAGCAGGACUAGCUGCAGGGCUGGUAGGACUAGGACUAAUACCACUACUGGUGCAACUACUAGUGGGAAAGCAAGAAGGAGCAAGGAACGUUGCAGCUGUUUGCAUGACACAACUCACUUACUUUCCUUCAGCUCUCAGGCUGCUCCUUCGGUGGUUUAGGGCAGAAAAUAAACUUUGUUUCCGUAUGCAACAGUACAGCAGUGGCUAUCGGCCAUCAAGCAACUUUAUUGAGAUGUGGAGUAUGUAUUGCAGGACACACAAUGUCCGGAAAAAACAAUAUCAGGCCCUCUCACCUGAUAUAAUAAAGCCUGGAGAACAUGGAGCCAAAACAUUUGCUGGUCCUAGGAGGUCCCUACCAAAAGAGACGCUGUACCAUAUAGAGGAGACUCAAGAAGAUCACGAGAUUGGGUUCUAUGAGCGAGCAGCCUCUGGCUCAAACAGCAGACAAUCAUUAAAGAAAAGCUUAUCAAGACUCAAGAGUUAUGAGUCGACAUCCAAACUGCCUCCCAUAGUCAAACAGGACUCAAACUAACCU